AUGGCUUCCACAACCAUCCCAAGCCCUCUCCUCAGCCUCCCAGCCGAACUUCGUCUCCAAAUCUAUUCUUACAUCCUCGACUCCUCAUCUCAGACCUCACAUCUCCUCUCCCAACACUGUGGAUAUAACUCCUGGAUCUCUCCUCCUAUGUCCCACACUUGUUCUCUUAUCCGCAAUGAAACACUGCCACUCUACUAUACCACGCAAACAUUCAUCUACGAUCUAAGAUCUCCUUUGGAUGAAGGUGUGCAAUGCCUGACUAAAGCACUAGAUUGGAUGCGAGAGAACGGUGUAACAAUGAAGGAGUUACAAUUCAAGCAUGUCAACAAAGGCAUCCUCUCAAUGCAGGAACUCAGAAAAUGGACAGAGACGUUCAUCGAAUACGCAGACGUCUUACCCUCCCCAAAAGACAUCAACUUUUGUCCUCAAGGCUUACAAUACCGUCGAUUCGCUGCAAAAGCUGCUGUUGUGUUGAAGUCACUGGUCGGGUUUUCUGUUGGCAUCAACAAGAGUAUUAUAGGCAGUGGAGAAGAAAAAGAGUUGGAGCAGUGGAUAGCGGCGUUUUUGGAAAAGACGGAAGAGGGAAGGGAUGUACUCAGGGGUGUGAAGGUGGCAGAGGAAUUUGUGAGAGGGUUCGGAGCUGCUGCUGGGGGUGAGGUGCAGGGGAUUAAUGUGCUGAGGUGGGCGUUAAUGAGUGGAGGUAUGAUUGAGGGAUUGAAGCAUGGUGGGUAUGCUUGA